AUGGUUAUAAAGCCCAUUCUAGAAAUUCGACACCGUACGCCUUCGUUACAUGUGAACUCGUCCACAGAGUCGGGAAUCCCUCCAGAUCUACUUGACUGGGCCACUGCUCAAUACAUCCGUCAGAUCGUUGAAGGAAUGGGACCACCGGCGAGAAUUUUGUGUUACAAACGACCAGAGGUUCUUCUUUAUAUGGAAUAUCUGGCGCGCAUAUUUCUCGACUCUCAAUUUGUGGUUAUGCUGAGAGAUGGGCGAGCCGUCGCAGUUUCUAAUGAG